ACUGAAACUAAUGUAGGUUCUGAGAUCCUGGGGCCAGCUCUUCUCCGCACCUGUAGCAGUAUACAGUGCACCAAAGGAAGAUGUCUAACUCUGAAAGGCUAACCAAAUACCUCGAAGUAGUAAUGAAAAUAGCUGAAGAGGCCAGCAAGAAGACUCCAGAGGAACUAAAAGUUAAUUAUAAGGGAAUUCUGUACCCCUUUGGGCUCUGUAGUGAGGCUACAUUUCAAGCCCUAGAAUCUUUGGAAGCCAGAGAAGAUGAUGUUCUGAUUGUAACCUAUCCCAAAUGUGGAACUAACUGGUCAGCACAGAUACUUUAUGAAAUGCUAUUUGCAAUGCACAACAAAGAGCCCACAAUUGACAAUGGUAUGCUUGAGUUUGGAAAACCUGAAAAAUAUGAGUAUCUGAAGCAACAACCAUCACCGCGAGUCUUUGCAUCACACCUGACUUAUGAGAAUAUACCUAAAUCAGUUCUUGAAAAGACCAAGAUCUUGAUUAUUCUUCGGAACCCAAAGGACGCAGCGGUGUCUUAUUACCAUUUUACAAACAGCAAUCCUGUGCUUCCUACAUACAGCUCUUGGGACUUGUUCUACAAAGAUUUUAUGAGUGGAAACAUACUUUAUGGAUCAUACUUUGAUCAUGCUCUUACCUGGGAGAAACAUAUUGAUGAUUUGAAUAUACUUGCACUUACAUUUGAAGAUAUGAAAAUGGACUUCAUUGGGGAAAUAAGGAAAAUAGCUGACUUUUAUGGAUUCUCUUUGACAGAUGAGCAAAUUCAGCAAGUUCAAAACAAAACAACUUUUAAAUCUAUGAAAGAUAAAUCCAGUAAUACUCAUGGAGAUUUAGGAAAGGUUUUCUUUCGAAAAGGAGAAAUUGGGGACUGGAAGAGUCUCUUUACUGAAGAACAGAGCAGAGAGGUGGAUGCCAAGUUUGAUGCGACCCUCGCAGGAACAAAACUGGGAAAGAAAAUAGACUAUACAAAAUACUGUACAUUUUAGCUUACUUCGGUAGAUAUAUUUUUUCAAGUCAAAUAAUGUAUAAUUGUGUUAUAUAAAGUCACCAAACAGAUACA